AUGGACGAAAUAAACAGACGUCGUAUUGCAGAAGCAACGGAAUGUAUUCAAAAAGCCGAAGCAUACCUGAAAACAUCGAUCAUAAAAAUGAAAUUCAAGCCUGAUUAUGAUAGUGCAGCAAUGGAAUAUGAUCGAGCAGCCAUUUGCUUCAAAAAUGCUUCACAAAUGGAACAAUCACGUGAUGCUUAUCUGAAAGCUGCACAAAUGCAUAAAGAAAAUGGCAAUUUAUUUCAUUGGGCCAA